CUCUCUCUCUCUCCCCCCCCCCCCUUUUCAUUCCUCGGGUGCUUUUUGGGCCAGAGCGAGUCCACGGAGGCACCUGGCCACAAGCAGCAAGUUGCUUCCAACCCAGGCAGGCAGGACGCAAGCGUCUCUCAGCCAUCAUGUUGGCCAGCAGCGGCAAGUCACCGGUUACCUCUGCCAGGGAGUCCAGAGCCAAAGUGCCCGAGAGGACCGCGGAUCCCAUUCGGAGGCUUGGUCUGCUGGACAACGAGGACGUGCGUGUGAUGAUGCGGGGCUCCAACAUGGUGAAAGUUCGCUCUCCGAGAUGGCAGAAAAGCCGAACCCUGCGCCUGCUGGAGGACGGACUCACCGUGUGGUGCGAGUCGUCCAAGAGUUCCCGCAAGGCCAAAGCCCGUCAGACGUUUGCGGUGACCGAAGUGGAGUGUGUGCGCGAGGGUUGCCAGUCGGAGGCGCUGCGCCGGAUUUCGGGCUCGGUGCCGGACAGCCACUGCUUCACGGUGGUCUUCCGGGGGGCCCGCAAGAGCCUGGACCUGCUGUGCCCGUGCGAGGACGAGGCGCAGCGCUGGGUGCGAGGCCUGCGCACCCUGAAGGAGCGCGUUGCCAACAUGACACAAAAGGAGAAACUGGACCAUUGGAUCCGCGGCUACCUGCGGCGAGCGGAUCAGAACCAGGACGGCAAGAUGAGCUACGACGAAGUCCGCCGGCUGCUGCAGAUGAUCAACAUUGACCUGAGUGAGCAGUACGCUCGCUCCUUGUUCAAGAGGUGCGACCGGUCCGGGGACAGCCGUUUGGACCACAACGAGAUCGAGGAGUUCUGCCGGGAGCUGCUGCGCCGGCCCGAGCUGGACGCCGUCUUCCGCCACUACUCCAGCAACGGCUGCGUGCUCUCCACCGCCGAGCUGCGAGACUUCUUGGGAGACCAAGGAGAGGACGCCAGCCUGGCCCACGCACAGACCCUCAUCGGCACCUUUGAGCUCAACGACUGGGCACAGAGGAACCACUUCAUGACACAGAACGGCUUCACAAUGUACAUGCUGUCACGGGAGAACGAUGUGUUGAACCCAGAGCACGCCCGCGUCUACCAAGACAUGAGCCGCCCCCUGGCCCAUUACUUCAUCUCCACCUCGCACAACACCUACCUCACCAAGGACCAAGUGACCAGCGCAAGCAGCACCGAGCCCUAUAUCAGGGCUUUAAUUCAAGGCUGCCGCUGCGUGGAGCUGGACUGCUGGGAUGGAGAUAAAGGCGAGCCGGUCAUCUACCACGGUCACACGCUGACUUCCAAAGUGCCCUUCAAAGAGGUCAUUGUCACCAUCGCACAGUAUGCCUUCAAGGCGUCUCCAUACCCCCUAAUCUUGUCCCUGGAGAACCAUUGCUCCGUGGAGCAGCAAGUGGUCAUGGCCAAACACCUCCACGCCAUCCUGGGCAACAAGCUGCUGAACAAGCCCCUCAGUGACCAUGCACUCGAUGACCUGCCCUCACCUGAAGAGCUGAAGGGACGUAUACUGGUGAAAGGGAAGAAGCAAAUCCCUCAGCUGGGUCAGCUGGGCAAGAACGGAAGCUACGGCAGUUUCUCCUCAAGCUCCGAGGAUGAGCAGACAGGCGGAAACAAGAGCACGCCCAGGAAGGACCCAGCCAAGGUGUGCUCCAAACUGAGCGUGGAGCUGUCAGAGUUGGUGGUGUACUGCCGCAGCGUCCCCUUCUGCGGUUUCACAAACGUGGGUGAAAAGCCGCCGGAGGAAAUGUCCUCCUUCUCUGAGAAUGACGCCCUCAGGCUCAUCAAAGACUCGGGGAAGCUUUUUGUGAAACACAACAGCAGACAGCUAAGCCGGAUCUACCCAUCCGGACAGCGCCUCCAGUCGUCCAACUACAAUCCCCAGGAAAUGUGGAACGCUGGCUGCCAGAUGGUGGCUCUCAACUUCCAGACCCCCGGUGAGCAGAUGGACCUGAACCAGGGCCGUUUUCUUCCCAAUGGCCGUUGCGGCUACGUCCUGAAGCCCGGCUUCCUGUGCAGCGGCGAGUCCGAUUUCAACCCGGAGAACACGGGUGGGGGUCCUGGUCACAUCCCCACCCAGCUGACUAUACGAGUGAUAUCAGCACAGCAACUUCCCAAAAUCAACACAGACAAGGCCAGCUCCAUUGUGGACCCGCAGGUGUGGGUGGAGAUUCAUGGCGUGGCCAUCGACAACACCAGAGACAAAACCCACCGCAUUGACAACAAUGGCUUUAACCCGCGAUGGGACUGCACACUCAGCUUCCAGUUGCAGGUGCCCGAGCUGGCAUUGGUGCGCUUCGUCGUCGAGGACCACGAUCACACGGCCAAGAACGACUUUGUGGGACAGUUUACUAUACCCUUCACCAGCUUGCGUACAGGUUACCGACAUGUCCACCUGCUGAAGGCCGACGGGUCCCGGCUGGCCCCCGCCACGCUCUUCAUCCACGUGAAAGUGUCCCGCAAAGGCGUUCCCAUCAAACACGUGUGUGAAAGUACGCCUUCGCCCAAGAGAAAAGUGUAAAACUUCACCAAGUGAGACUUUAGUUCAGGGGUGGGCAAGCUUUUGUGCUCAAGAGCCACAUUGGAUUUUUACAGAUGGACAACUCAUUUGUAGAUGAUUUUAAAACUAAUAAUAAUGAUAAUAAUAAGUUAAACAAUAAUUAAUUCUCAUUUAAUUUUAUUAUGUUGAAUUAAUUUAAUUACAAAUAGGGCAGCAAAUGGCUAAAAAAAAUAACUAAUUACAUUUUAGUAACCAAUUUUAGGGGCAGGGGGCAUUUUCAAUGCAACAAAUAUUGCUCAUCCCUGCCGAGGUUGGACACAAGCAGCACUUCAUUGCCUGGAAUCACAGCACGCCGUUUUUUUGUUCCCGCAAUAUGAACACAAAUAAGUACUAAUGAAGUACUAAGAACAACAACAAAAAUCUAACUUACUGUACUUUGGCACUUUUAAUGUCUUUUAAUGUUUGUACCUCAACAACUUGAACUUAAAAUGACAAAAACAAGCAGUAUUAAAAAACGAUGUUUACGUCUUAAUCUGUACUUUAUGUCCUACGUACUAGUUUCACAUAAACAAAGAAAAGGAAAUUAGUCAAUUUACUCGUUUUGACUUGGAGACCAAUUAGUCUGUUUCUCAAUUUCUUGUUCUCUAUGUUGCCAAAAUAGAGCAAAUGAAUUGGCUGAUUAUUAUAGUUUAACCUUUCAGUAUUACAAAAAUGUUUUUUGUAGUUGAACAGGUCAUUUUAUGCAGUGGUCUAUUUAUUGUGACUAAUAUCUUUAUUACAAAUGAAUGAAUCAACUACUAGCACGCUAAUAUAUGUCUAUAGAUGAACUCAAGAGUCAUUAAUAACGGGGAUUUAUAAUUCUUUGUGUUUGUUGUUUCUUUUUUUUGUAUCAAAGCACUUUUUAGCGCUGGUUAUCCUUUAACCUUCUGAUGCAACCUUGUCAUUGUCGCGCAUUAAGUGCCAAUAAAGUUUUAAUUUAGUGAU